ACAGUGGAAUUGCAAAGGAAAACGGAAAAGGCUGGUCCUGAGGGACUGAAAAGCCUAUGGGAAGUGCAGGUAGCAGCAUGCUGCCUUGACAGCUGUUUAAACUUCUCAGACCUUGUCAGUUUGCUGCUAUGUAGCAGGUGCAGCCUUUUCUUUUAUUGAAUCUUUACUCCAUAAAGGCAACGACAAGCCAAGGCAGUGGCUGGCCCUGGAUUAUACAAGUGCAGACACUACUAAGUGAGCUGGAACAUAUAAGUAAACGCAUAGGCUCAAGUGCCCACAUGAUCACUACAGCCAGGGUACCUGCCGAUAAACCGAUACGAAUUGCCUUCAGUCUAAAUGACUCCCCAGAUGAUGCACCCCCUGAGAAUGCCUUUCCUUUGGCUUUUCCAGAUCUAGAAAAGCAGCUCCAGCCUCUGCCUCCUUGCCAUGACUCAAAGGAAUCUAUGCAGGUGUUCAAACAGCACUGCCAAAUAGCAGAAGAAUAUUAUGAAGUCAAAAAGGAAAUUGCACUGCUUGAAGAAAGAAAAAAGGAGCUGAUCACUCGACUAGAUCAAGCUGAGAAAGAGAACAUGGAUGCUGCCCAGCUGACUAAGGAGUAUGCAGACCUGACGGAAGAGAACCGGACACUGAAGCUGGCCCAGACGCAAUGUGUCGAACAGCUGGAGAAGCUUAGAAUACAGUAUCAAAAGAGACAGGGAUCAUCAUAACUUUGAAUGAACCUGUCUGGGCCAAUAAAAGUCUCAGGUCGUUUCUGUGCGGGGCAACUGUUUUUUUCUUCCCCUUUCAAAUGUUCCCUCUAAUACAGCGUUUCCCAACUUGGUGCUCUCCAGAUGUGUUGGAUUACAGUAUGGCAGGCUGGGGAUGCUGGGAGUUGUAGUCCAACACAUUUGGAGGGCACUAGGCCAGGGAAGUCCACUCUAAUCUGUUGGCACAUUUCACUUACAGAAGAUGUGAAUGUCUCAAUUUGGUUUAAUGUUAGUUU